CUAUUUAUUUUAGGAAACAGUAGCAUCUUAUACAUGGAAAAAUAUGGUAAUUGUAAUGAAUAAUUGCCUCUGUUUCUUGUGAUACGUCAUUUCCAUCUCCUGUCUUUUACAUCUGAAUCACGAUUGCUAUUUUCCCCCCUGUGUCAUUCCCAAGGUCACCCAGGCAUAUAAGGACUAUGACUAUGCAAAAGUCAUCCGGCUACUGCAGGCCUUCCAUACUCGACAGCUGUCAAGCUUUUACUUUAGUAUCAUCAAGGACAGACUUUAUUGUGAAGAAGAAAAAGAUCCUAAGCGCCGCUCCUGUCAAACGGUCUUAGCAGAGGUUUUGGACACAGUGGUUCGUUCUUUUGCACCAAUAGUUCCACAUCUUGCUGAAGAGGUAUUUCAGUACCUUCCUUAUACAAAAGAGUCAGAUAGUGUGUUUCGUUCUGGAUGGAUGAAAACAAGUCCUGUAUGGAAGAAACCUGGCCUUGAGGAAGCCGUGGAGGGAGCCUGUGCAAUGCGAGAUGCUUUCUUGGGUUCCAUUGUAGGCAAAAAUUCAGUAGAAUAUCAAGUGGUCCUUGUUAUUGAGCCUGGAUUGCUCUUUGAAUUAAUGGAGGUGCUACAACAUGAAGAAUGUUCUAGUACAUCCCAGCUAAAUGAAAUAAUGAUGGCAUCACAGACAACACUGCUGAGUGAAGUACCUAGAGAGAUGGAAACUGAUGACAUAAUUAAAGGAACAUUUUUAAUAAACUUAGAAGGUGGUGACAUCCGAGAAGAGGCCAUGUAUAAAGUCCUCGUUCUACCAGCUGCCAAGUCAAAAUGCCUCCGCUGUCGAAAGUAUACUGCGGAGUCAGCAGAGACUCCAUGCCCACGCUGCAUGAACAUACUUGGUGGGAAAUGACAAUCAAGCAGCAGCCAGUUCUCCACAUUUCCUAACAUGUUUGGGAAGCUCAAAGGAAGAGAGAAAGUGUAUCAGGGAAGAGAUGCACUAUUGCCAUGAGGGUGAAUGUAGAAAAAAAAAUUGAGAAUUGGUGGUGUGUAUAUACUUGACUUUGUACAUGUAAUAAAGUGCUUAUGAGAGAUA